GUUUUCCAGGCCAAGGGGACGAGGGACAGGCGCCGGCAGGCAGCCCGAGCCGCGAGGGGCGGGCAGUGGGCAGGGGCUGUCCCCGGGGCGCGGGGGAGCGGCCGGGCCCGGGUAGGGCCAGGGAUGGGGGGUGGGGGGCGGCUGCCGCGCGCCCAGGCCGGACGCACGCGGAGGCUGCGGCCGCGGGAAGGGGGUGCGGGGAGACCAACCUGGGCCCGGUCCGGAGCAGUGGGUCCGGGACUGCCACGGCCUAGGCGCCGCGGCUCGGCGCUCCGAGCGGCGGCUUCCCGGGCCCAGGCGGCGGCCUCGGCGCGGCCUCCAUCUUGCUCGGGCUCUCCCCGGGGCGCGCUCCCGCGCGGAGGCGCGAGCUCUCGGGCACCGGCGCGGCCCGACGGAGGCGCGUUCCUGCCGCCGGCGUGCGGGGCGGAGCGGAACAGGAAAGGGAGCUCGGGUGUCCGCCAGUCCCGGAGAGGGGUCGGCACGGUCCCUGCGGGUCCCCCAGCCGGAGCAGUAAACCCCCGCCACAAUGGAGAACAGAGGCCAAACAGAGGGAUUGACUUGUACAAAGAGAAAGGAAGUCUGAGAACUCUCCACAGGAAGAACAGAACAGAACAGUUGUGAGCUCAAGUUGGGAACUUUAGACCAUAAGGCAAAGAUGAUCCUGGACCUGGAUGAGAGAAGCCCCCAGGGCACUUCCAGCCAAUAUCCUAGCAGAGAAAGUACGCGGGCCUCUCACCGCCACGGCCCCUCCUGCUGCAGAACACAGGC